CACAGCUGAUGUCGUUUGAUCUCGGAUGUAAUAAGCGACGUACGAAGAACAGGCCCCUGUCAACAAGAAACUGCUUAUUCCUUCAACAAGACAUUUCAUCUGAUUCAGUCACUAAAGAGUUAAAACGGAAGGACAUUGAGGGGAAACAUAUGUGACUAUAUCAUAACGUUUAUAAAAGAAAGUCAAUUCAAUAGAAGUGCAUAGUAUUAUUCUCACUUAAUUAAAGCUCAAAAGAAGAAGCCGACUUUUAUUUUGGCGCGGUGGCGUGACGUCAUCGGCCUGCGUCUGUAGAAAGAUUUGUGUUUUCAGUGUUAAAUCGAUUUUAACCGAGUUAUCGUGUAGUAGGUACAAACUCUGCACGUACAGUAAUUGUUUUAUUAUUAUGAUGUGUAUGAUUUCUCUCUCUGUCGUGUAGUGACAGCAAACAGUCUGCUUUUGUAACCCUAAUUUGGAGUCAGAAGCUCGUCAGAGUGACUGUUUGAAUCCGCUGCUCGAGAACAACAGACACAAAGAAACAGUUCUUCAUCGAGUAUGUCGUUGAUUAAAGAGGAGAGAGAGGAGGUCAGGAUUGAUGAACAGACUCCAGCAGGCAUGAUGCUGCUGAAAGAGGAACCUGAAGUGCUGAAUCAAAUAGAAGAGAAAGCUCCAAAUAAGAAUCAUUUCAAAACUGAAGGGAACUCUUUUAGGUGCCCACAGACUGAAAAGACUUCCUCAGAAGAAAAACAAACUAAGGGUUAUUUCGCCUGUUUUGAGUGUGGGAUGAAUUUCAUUCACCCUGAAAGCCUAAGAAUCCACAUGGGAAUCCACAAUGGAGAGAAUCCUUACACCUGCCAAUAUUGUGGACAGGGUUUCAGUGAAGAUGAAAGCCUUAGAGCGCAUAUGGGAAUCCACAAUGAAGAGAGGGGUUUCACCUGCCAACAGUGUGGAAAGAGAUUCAGUGAAUAUCAAAGCCUUCUAGUCCACAUGAGAAUCCACAAUGAAGAGGAUCCUUACACCUGCCAACGAUGUGGAAAGAGUUAUGUUCAAACUGCAAGCCUGAAAGUACACAUGAGAACUCACACCGGAGAGAUACAUUUUACCUGCCAAGAGUGUGGAAAGAGUUUCAAUCUAAAACAAACCCUUCUAAAUCACAUGAAAGUUCACAUAGGACCGCAGCCUUUUGCAUGCCAACAAUGUGAAAAGAGCUUCACAACAGAAGUAGACCUGAAGUCACACAUGAACGUUCACAUUGGAGAGAAGCCGUUUGAAUGUGGUCAGUGUGGAAAGAGAUUUCUUCAUAAAAUAACCCUUAAUAACCACUUGAAGAUUCAUUUGGAAGAGAACUGCUUUGUAUGUCAACAAUGCAGAAGACGUUUUGCUCACAAAUCACAUCUUAGAGUCCACAUGAGAGUUCACACUGGAGAAAAGCCUUACUUUUGCAAUCAGUGUGGAAAGAGUUUCAUGUAUAAAAAAACUCUCGAGUCGCACAUGAUAAGUCACACUGGAAAGAGCCGUUUCACCUGCAAAACAUGUGGGAAGGUCUUCACAAACAAGGUGGGCCUCAUGUAUCACAUGAACGUUCACACCGGAGAGAAGCCGUUCAAAUGUGAUCAGUGUGGAAAGAGUUUCAUUUGUAAAGCAAGCCUCAAUAACCACUUGAAGAUUCAUUUGGGAGAGAACUGUUUGGUAUGCCAACAGUGUGGAAGAAGUUUCACUGAAAAACGAAGUCUUAAAAACCACAUGAGACUUCACACUGGAGAGAAGCCUUACCUCUGCACUCAGUGUGGAAAGAGUUUCACAUAUAAAACCGCUCUUGACUCCCACAUGAUCAGUCACACUGGAAAGAGUCGUUUCACCUGCAAAACGUGUGGGAAGGUCUUCACAAACAAGGUGGGCCUCAUGUAUCACAUGAACGUUCACACCGGAGAGAAGCCGUUCAAAUGUGAUCAGUGUGGAAAGAGGUUCGCAGGUAAAGCUGCCCUUCAGAGACACAUGAGGAUUCACUCAAAAGAGAAAAAGUUUUAUAUGUAACUAGUGCCAUAAAAUGAUUGGCCUUAGGAGGCAUAGGAGAAUUCGCUGGAGAGUGAAAACCUCCCAAACGCAACCUGUGUGAAAGGAUUUAGCAAUUUAUUAUACCUUCAAGUAUCACAUGAGGCUUCACACCAGGGAGAAGCCUUGAAGUGUCAUCUGUGUUUGAGCGGAGCUUCUCAUAUCGCCGGUUCCUGAAAUGCUAUUACCAAGGUGCAUUCUGGGAAGAAACCGUAGUGCUCCAAGUGUGGCAAAAUCAUUUGUGCAAUCACUCUGGACAAAGGCCAUUUAAAUGUGAGGAAAGCUUUAAUUUGCCAUCACAUGUACAUAUACAUAUGAAAACUCAUGCUUAUGUGAAGCCAUAUUUGUGUUUACUGUAUGGAAAGAGUGUCAUGGCUUAGCAAUCUGAAAUGGCAAAAGAAAAUACGAGUUUGUGUGAAAUUAAGGCUACAUAUACACUGCACAGAUCGAUGUGGCACAGAUUCGAUUUUUCUGGUCGAAUGUAUAACGUUUUUUGGCCAGGCUGUUAAAGUGACCUUUAAAUGUGCCCGUAUCCGAUGGUCAGUGAUUUGGUGAUGUUCAUUUGUUUUAUUUGCAUCCUUCAUAUCAUUAUAUUUUGUCUUUUUUUUAAAUCAGGAGAAGUGAAAGUACAGCCAAGUAUGGUGACCCAUACUCAGAAUUCGUGCUCUGCAUUUAACCCAUCCAAAGUGCACACACACAGUAAACACUCAAUUUGAGUCAAAUUGAACACUUCUGAAAUGUUUAUAUGACUCCCUCCAUUUUGGAGUUAAAAUAACACUUUUGAAAGUGUGAAAUAUGUUCAUUGCUCCCAGAGUACAUUUUAACACUGAAAGAGUUUAUUUAUAAAUCUAGCAUUGUGUUAAAAUGUACUCUGUGAGUAAUGUGCAUACAGGUUCUGGUCGUAUAAUUAGAAUAUCAUAAAAAUAAAAUAAAUUCACUAAUCCCAUUCAAAAAGUGAAACUUGUAUAUUAUAUUCAU